AUGAUGAAGAGCGUCAUCCUCAUCGUAGCUCUCCUAUGCCUCGUCUCUCUCCCACAUCCAACCAUCGGAUUACAAAAGAAACCGUGGCCUAAGCCGUCCGAUCUAGCCAACCACAAUGGCAACCUCGGUGACUCUAAGGUUGGCCCGUUCGAGUCUGUUCUCGUGUCUCAACCCGGUGAGUUAGAGAAGUGUUUGAACGGAGGUAAGUCGAAGGUGGCGGAGAAAUGUUUCUCGCAGGUGUUUUCGAGUUGGGCAGAGAAUGAUUUCGCUUUGGACAAGGAGUGUUGUGAGAUCGUCUUGAAUAUGGACAAGAAGUGUAACGGUCAUCUUCACAUGAUGUUUAAGAGCCAUUUCUUUACUCCUCUUCUUCAGUACUCAUGUCACAUCAAGCACGCCUAG